CGUUGUUAUCGUUUGAAGAAAGAACUUCUUCGAAAUCAACAAAGGAAGGAAAAUAAAUAAAAAAGUUGUCUUCAACUCUCGUAUCUGCAAACAAAUGCAACCUCCCUCUGUCUCUCUCAAACUCUAUAAUUGUGUUGGUACAUGUUCUUUUCCUCAGGGUUUCGAAUCAUGUCGACCGUUAGCAUGGAGCCUCUGCUCCACCACUCUGUUCGUGAGAGCGUUAGGUAUGCUCUCAAAUCCAGGAUUUUCAAGCCCUCCUCCUGGAGCUGCUCCACGAAUCAUAAGCUGGUCUUCCAUGCCCGGAGCUUCUGCAACUUCAGGUCUUCCAAUGUUCACGCUCUCAGAGCUAGCACUACUACCGACACGGAUCUCGUUGAGACCUUGGAAUCCACCGAUAUCUUCUUCAAGGAGACUUUCCCGCUCAAACGAAUGGAAACGGUGGAGGGAAAGAUCUUCAUCAGAUUAGAUCACGGGCAGAAUAAUGGGAAUUGGCAGCUUACUGUAGGUUGUAAUCUUCCCGGGAAAUGGAUUCUUCACUGGGGAAUUUCUCGUGUAAAAUAUGUUGGCAGUGAAUGGGAUCAACCUCCUGAAGAAAUGAGACCCCGGGGUUCAAUUCCCAUCAAGGACUAUGCCAUAGAGACACCUUUAAAGAAAUCCUCGUCAUCGGAAGGAGAUGCUUUACAUGAAGUGAAGAUCGAUCUUAUCCCAACGAGUGCAAUUGCUGCUAUAAAUUUUGUUCUGAAGGAUGAAGAAACUGGAGCUUGGUAUCAGCACAGAGGGAGAGAUUUCAAGGUGCCUCUAGCAGACUACCUUCUGGAUGAUGGUAAUUUAGUAGCAGCAAAAAGAAGCUUCGGUGUCUGGCCAGGUUUUAGGAGCUAUUAUAUAUUAUUGUGGUUCAAUCAGUUUAUUUACGUUUAAUUUGUUGAUCUGUUG